AUGGGUCUGCUCCGAAUCACCGCCGCUUUGCUGGCAGCUCGCGCUGCGCAUGCCUAUCCCAGCGGAGAAUGUUCCAAGGCGGUCAAGUUGAAUGUACCGAGAACCGCAGCCGGGGCUUCCAUCGUGCACAGCAACUCCUUCGCCUCGUUUUCGUUCGAGCCAGCGUUCUGGGUAGAAUUUUUCGGCAAUGCCAGCAACCCGAACAAUCUCACACUCAGCGUGCUCGAACGCAUCCACGAGCAUGGAGGUCAUCCUAUCAUCCGGCCUGGUGGCAUCACCAUGGAUAGCAUGGUCUUCGACCCGGAAGGAGGCGAUCCUGUUCGCACGACCAGCCCAGAGGGUGGAGUCUGGAGAACGACAGUUGGGCCUGACUACUACAAAAGCUGGGACAAUUUUCCGGAAGGCACAGAGUUCAUCUCGACACUCAACUUUGGCAACCAAAGUCUGGACAUUGCCAAAGGACUUGCAGUGGCAUCAGCUUCAUACCAGGGUAGCAAAAUUGCUUACUUUGAACUCGGUAACGAGCCGACCAACUACAAGGAGAGCCGUUGGAACCGCUCGACAGAUGCGUAUGUGCGCGAGUGGAAGCAAUACACCCGCGAGAUAGAUGCGGCUGUCAAUGCGACCGGCGAUACAAAUCUGACCAGUCAGCGAUGGUGGGCCUCGUCUGCAACAACUGACGACUCUGGUCUUGAAGUGCGGCCGGUAGCACUCAUUCCUGCUGGCAUCGACUCAGAAGAUCAAGUUGGUAUCUACUCGAUCCACUCAUACGGGUUUUCCACUUGCGACCCAAAACGCGCUGCGCUGGCCACGAUCGCGAACAUCUUGAAUCACACCGAGCUCACUCGCUACUGUGAUGAGGAAAUUUAUCCUUCGGCUCGCGCAGCUCUUGAUGUCGGGGCGCGCUGGAACAUCGGAGAGUUCAAUUCAGUCUCGUGCUCGGGCGCACCCAAUGUCACAGACACCUUUGCUCAAGCUCUUUGGGUCGUCGAUAGCGAGCUCAUCUACGCCACUCGCAAUGCCUCCGCCACCCAUCUCCACCAAGGCGCCACCUUGGCUCUGCAAUCGAAGGAUCAAGUCAAUACCCCCGACGCAAAUGGCACGCCUGGCUACAGUACUUACUCCAUGCUCUACCCACGCGACAGCAACAAGCGUGGACCAGCUCGCACCUUACCUUCCUUCCUCGCUCAGCUCUUCAUGGCCGAAGCAUUUGCCACUUCCGGGACGCGUGUCAGAGCACUUGAAGCGCCGGCUGGUGCUGAUCCAGAAUCGUUCGCUGCGUACGCGUUCUACGUCGACGAUCAAAUCUCCAAAAUCGCUCUCGUGAACAUGAAGCCAUACUACGCGAACUCGACGACCAAUUCAGCUAUUCAAGUGGACUUGUCCUCGUUGGCGCAUGCUGGCAAGGGGGACUCCGUGCGCGCCAAGCGUUUGACUGCGCCGUAUGUCAAUACAGGGGACAGUAAGUUGUCGACUUGGGCUGGUCAGUCAUUUCCUAUGGGUGAACCGACGGGCGAUAUGGUAAUCGAGACGGUCAGCGACGAUGGCGAAUUGAGUGUCAGGGGCAGCGAGGCUGUGCUGGUCUUUUUCGACAACGAUGUUUAUGGACUGUGA